AUGUCGCCACUGCUGAAUUCGCUGCUGCGGUGGCGGCGCGAGGCGCCCGCGCCCGCUGAGACGCUGGAUGAAACAGUUCCGCCCUUGUCCACAUCCACAGAACCUGGGACAUUGUCAAUGGUUACAUCGACAAUCCCACCAACUACCCAGGAGUCCAUCGGAGAGAAGACGGCAGAAAUCGCCCGUAAGAUGAACAUUGAGCCAUGGCAACUUGUCGCUAUACUUGUUGGUGUGGGCGUGGUGGUGCUCGGAAUAUGUUUCUGCUGCAUCAGAAGGUGUUUCCGCAAGCGACGCUCCAAGGAUGGCAAAAAGGGAAUGAAAGGUGUCGACUUAAAAUCCGUCCAGCUGCUCGGUUCUGCUUACAAGGAAAAGGUUCAGCCUGAUAUGGAGGAGCUCACGGAGAAUGCCGAGGAACCUGACGACGGCGACUCCAAGAAAGAGGAACAGAAGCUAGGAAAACUCCAAUACAAGCUGGAGUAUGAUUUUAACAGCAACAGUUUGUCUGUGACUGUAAUUCAAGCUGAGGAUCUCCCCGCUCUGGACAUGGGAGGCACGUCCGACCCCUACGUUAAAGUUUACUUACUUCCCGACAAGAAGAAGAAGUUCGAAACAAAAGUUCAUCGAAAGACUUUAAGCCCCGUUUUCAACGAAACAUUUGUGUUUAAGAACGUGCCCUAUGCUGACGCUAUGAAUAAAACUCUCGUGUUUGCAAUCUUCGACUUCGAUCGAUUCUCAAAACACGACCAGAUCGGUGAGGUGAAGGUGCCGCUGUGCCAGGUAGACUUGGCACAAACUAUCGAGGAGUGGCGCGAGCUGCAGAGUGUUGAAGGAGAAGGGGGGCAGGACAACAAGUUGGGAGACAUUUGUUUCUCGUUGCGUUAUGUACCAACGGCCGGAAAACUGACAGUUGUUAUUUUGGAAGCUAAGAACUUGAAGAAAAUGGACGUCGGCGGUCUAUCAGAUCCGUACGUAAAGAUAGCACUCAUGCAAAAUGGCAAACGUCUCAAGAAGAAGAAAACGAGCAUCAAGAAAUGCACACUGAAUCCCUAUUACAACGAGUCAUUUACUUUUGAAGUACCAUUCGAACAGAUACAGGUGCGAGCCGAGAUUCAUGCAAAAUUCGAUGUCGCAGCGCAUAGUCUGGACAAAACAAUUAAUGAAAAAUACAUACGGCACGAUCGUUCCGUCAUUAUUUUAAAUCCUCACUAUUCAGAGUCUAUGAAGCGUUAUGUAUUUCUCAUUAAAAUUGUCUUAACUGUGCACGAUUUGAUGUUGUGGACUAAUUGUUGUGAAUAUAUGAAUUAUGUACACCACUUGCAUCCAUACCCGUUCCUUUCCUAUACAUAA